AUGCUCUUCAAGGCACUCCUAUUUUCUCUCAUUGUUUCUCCCCUUGUUACCGCCCAUGGCAAGGUUUCGGUCAUCACUGGAGAUGCAGGCGGCAACACAACUGCGUUGGCUAUCCAGGGAGGCAUUGUGCCAGGGCCAGGCAAGAACUCCGUCACGGAGGUUGACACAACUGUCUUUCGCAAGACGAACAUCUUAAGUGAUGGCCUGGGGAGAACCACUGGCCAGGGUGCCAACAAGGUCAAGAUGCUGGCACAGGCUAUUGCUCUAUCUGGCGAUACUCUACCGCAGGUUUCUGACAAUGGGACAAUCUCGGGCGUCUUCCAUAUCGUCACUACGGACGGUGCCGGUCCCGUCAAGGCAGUUCUUGAUCCUACUGGCACAGGCGCAUUCUCCCAAGUAGCCAUGGGCAUUGUCAAACGUGCAGCAAACGUCAACGAGGACUUCCCCGUGGAGUUCUCCGUACCAGCAGGCACAACAUGUAGCGGCACGAUUAAUGGUAUCAACAACGUUUGCCUUGUCAAAAUCGCAAACAGCAACAAAGCCGGCCCCUUUGGAGGGGUGGUUGCUAUUCAGAUGGCCAGUCAGGUUGGCUCAAAUAAUGACACUGCCGUGUCAACGAAGUGUGGUCGAGCUUUCAUCGCAUAG